AUGAAAGUUUAGAAUGACAAUGCUUCAGUGAGAGGAAAAAAAAGAAAGAUAGAUUAGAUUUUAAAUAGUAACGAGAGGAAGAAAUCUAGUGUCAAGCGUAUUAAGUUUAACUAUUACUUUGAGCCGCAUGUUGGCUUGCAUAAAUGUGAAAAAUGCAGGAAAAAUCAAACCUAAUCACCAACUAAAUCUCAAUCAAAUUUACCCGCUGCUUGUCAAAUUUAGCGCAUAUCUGAACAGCCAAAAUCUAAUGACCUGAGUUUCAGUCAAUGCGAAGAUAACUGGUCAAAUUAAGGUAUCAACUUAAGUUUUAAUAGACUGAAUAUUCCAAGUCAAAGUGCCCUAAAAGAUAUAACUUGCGCGAAAGAUCUAAACUGCAUGAGUAUAUAAAAUAGGUCAAGUCCAAAUAGAAGUAGCAGUCAAUUAAAAACAAGUUAAUACAAGAAUGUUUCAAAAAGUAGACACAAAUCGAUGAUACCAAGAUUAACUAAUUAGAUUGAGCAUUAGUAGAAUUCAUAAAUUCAGAAAGAGAGAGAAAAUAUGCCAAUUAUUGUAGAGAAUUUCAAAGAGGACAUUGAUACUCAAUCACAAAGUAAUCUAUUAACAUUAGCAAAAAUCAACUUAGAAAAUCAUGACAAUAUCAAGUUACCAAGCUAACUAGAAUUAGUUCCAUAAGCAUAUUCGAUUAUAUUCGAUCAUCAAAAAGAUAUGGAUUAGCUUUCUCAGAUAUCUGUAACAAAAGACUUAAGUGUCCCAAUAAAUUACAACAAUUCACUUGAUGAUCAAACAGUUAUUUAAUAAUCUACUAUCAUUAACUAGACUCUACCAAUGGAUGAUAUAAAUGAAUAUCAAUAAUAAUAAUAAUAGCAGAAAAUUGAAUCAAAUAUCUCUAAGGAAAACUUAUAUGGCAAAUUGAUGUCAUUAUUCAGAGAUUCACACGACAAUUAUAUGAACAGAAUGAAUCAGCUAGCAUCCUGGCAUUUCAUGUAGACUAAUUCUAGGAUUGAUAGCAUAGCCAGAUAACUUGAGGAAGCAAAAUAUAAAAAUAGAAUUUUCAAGGAGACUAUUAGAAGAGAUUACUUUAAAUGA